GCUCAAUUCUUGCAAGCUCGCGACUUCUCGGCGGCGACGAAGACGAUACGAUUUUACUUCCGCUCACUUCUCCAAAGCCAACAAACUUGCGUCGCAAUAUGAGAACCAAUGAUGUGAGAAUCGACAAACACCUAUGAUCUUCAAGAGUCUAGCGCUGGACCUACAACACUCUGCCAGAACAAUCCGACGAAUUUGAACAUCGCGCACCCUGAUAUCAACCAUGCCUAUCUCUCUGCUUGAGCUCUCCGCCGAACUUCGCAAUACCAUUUACGAAGCUGUACUGCUGGAUCCAGAACCCAUCCGACUUGAGUCUAAAUUCUACGAACAGCGAGCUCCCGGAUGUAGGCUGCUUCGCGUGAACAGGCAGAUACACCGUGAAGCCAAUGCAACAUUUUAUGCUCAAAAUGAGUUCGAUGUUUCAGAUUCUCUACUAAAAAAUAUCUCCUUCAUACUGAAUAGUAUGGGCCGCAAUGUUGCGCUCAUUCAUAGCUUUCGUCUUGAAUUCCCACAUUGCUACAGGCGUCAACAAGGAGGAAAGAUAAUUCCCGAAGGCGAUUGCACGAAGAUUCUGUCGAUCGUGCGGAGCAAGUGCAUCAACGUUCGAUAUUUCAAUUUCUGUUUGUAUCACAAUGUGAGAGUGGGACAUGAGUCCAUCAGCACGUUCAGCAUUCGGAGAGGAAUAAGUGACAGGAAGCACAGAGAUCUGUGUGAAAGGCUGCUUGAAGAACAUGCCGAGAAGUUCAGAACAUUCCACAAAGUGCAGAAGGUGGUCAUCGAAGUUGUGCCGCACCAGCACCAUCACCAUUUUCUCGAGGCCAUCAAUCAACGUGGAUGGGCGUUGGAGUAUCUCAACCCGGGGGACGUCAAUGCUUUGACUCCCUGCAGGCUGCCUUGGAUAAUGAAAUGAGGCGACAAAAAAGAGACUCACGACCACGAUUGCCGAUGAUGACCACAAUGCUGCUGGCGAGAUCAUAUUGAGCAUCGAUAUCAUUCUAAGCAUGAUUGCUCGAUGGGCUCUGAGCAUCUCUGGACAGUCGAUGGACGGCUGGAUAUGAAAGGCUUCUGUGAC